GGGACGCUGCGGGGCGGCGAGGACGGCGACCCCCUGGCCGCGGCCCUGUGCCUGCUCGUGGCGACGAGGACGCAGCUUAGAGAGGACAAUUUAGGUGCGCACCAACCGGCAGCGCGGGCGCCUUCCCCCACGGCAUCCACACCACCCGCAGUGGUAAAAGUGGAACCUGCCGAGGCUCCGCUCGCUCCGCUCCCGCUCGCAGAAGCGCCGAACCUUGCCGGAGCUGGGCCUGUCCCUGUCAUCCAACCCCUCCGAGUAGAGGAUGUCGCUGACCUCUGUGGCGGGUCCCGAAGCCGUGUUGGGCUGGGCCAGGAUGCUCUCCGGGCUGGCGUUAUGGAGCGAAUCCGGAGACACGGGGUGGGACGGCUGAAUAAUGUGAGAUGUGGCGGGGACGGCAUGAACAGCCUGGACAGCAGCUGGGCGCUCGCGUUGCUGCUGAGCGCCGCUCCCACGCUGGAGAUGCUGCAGGUGGAGGGCCUUCAGGACGUGCACCUGCUCGCCAUACACGACAUGCCGCGGCUGAGGAGGUUGGAGGCGCGUUACCUUGACGCGGACGCCGCGCCCCUCGAGCUGCCCGCGCUCCCGCCGGGGCGCCGCGGCCUGCAGUGGCUGAGCAUGAAGGACUUCCCCCCCGGGACGGCGCUGUCCCUGGUGCGGGCGCACAGCGGCACUCUGCAGGCUCUGGAGCUGGAGACCGGUCCCGAAGCGUGGCCUCCGUUGGACCAGCUCCCUUAUCCGUGCGGUGAGCUGGACAAGUUGCGCCGCGGGGGCGGCCUGCCGGCGCUGAGGAGACUCGUGCUGCUGAGGCGUGAGGGCCACCGCAGUGGCGCCUUUUGCGAAGCGCAGUGCCACGCGGUCGAGCGGGCCCUCGGGGGGCCGACGGUGAUGUGCGCAGACGCAGAGUGUGACAAUGUACAAAUUUAGUCGUCGUCCGUGUGUAUGUCAAUAAAUUACAGUGAAAUAGAGAAUAAUGCGAUACAUUA